UCAAGACGUUAGUAUGGAAAUUUACUUCCCGAAGAUUUUGAUCCAAGCAAUAAAUAAAUAAUUGCAAAACUCUUCAACCAGUUCACUAUUACUUACGUAUUAAUAUACAAAAUAGCAUUUUAUUGUUCUAUAUGAAAUGGAGAACGAAGUUUUUUUGGAAUUUCAAAUUGGUCAUUGUAAUUUGUAGUGAUUGUGUUUGGCUGUGCCAUUGUUUUGUUGCCAUUGGACUCUCCCAAUACUCGAAUAUACAACGAAAAAAAGUUAAAAAAAUCAACGAAUUUUUUUUUUGGAAUUAAGUGGCUUCAAUUCAUUCAAAACCACAUUGUUCGGAAACAAAAAUUAUUGGAGUGUGUAAUUAAGAACAGUGUCAACGAAUUCACCUAUUUGUGUGCAGUUUUUACAAUUAAAUCAGAUAACAUUGAUGAGUGCACACAACAGAUAAUAUUGGAAAUAAAUCGUAAAAGAAUUGACCGGUGGUUUAAAAAAAAAAGAUAAUUUGAAUAAGAUAAACAAGAGAAAACCAAAUAUGUUACCACCUGUAACAACGUUUUUGGACAAACCAACUGUGCGGCAGGCGCUGCUAUCAGUAAGUAUUAGUAUGGCAUUUUUCUACAUUGGUCUAGUUCGUGGCUAUUCAGCGCCAGCUGUUCCAUCGAUCAGAGAAAAUGAUCCGGAACUUUUGCCAACCAAAACCAUUGCAUCAUGGGCAAGUUCGAUACCGCCGUGCGGUGCGGUUUUUGGUAGUAUUUUAGCGGCUUUUUCGCUUCAAAAAUUUGGCCGAAAAUCUACAAUUAUUAUUGCAUCACCAUUGGCCACACUUGGAUGGAUUUUAAUCGCAACCGCACAACGAUAUGAAGUGGUUAUUGUCGCACGUUUUCUCAAUGGUUUUUGCGUUGGUCUCUGUUUGCCAUCCGCGCAGAUUUAUAUUGGAGAAAGUGUCGAUCCGAAAAUUCGAGGUAUAUUGGGAUCAUUGCCUUCUAUUUUUAUGUCACUAGCAAUAUUGGUGUCAUACGUUAUCGGAAGUUUGGUUAAAUGGGACAUUCUUGCGUGGUAUUGCACUGCCAUGGCUGUUGUAUUCGGGUGUAUUUUAUUAUUCAUGCCGGAGAGUCCUGUUUGGCUGCGCAGCAAAAAUCGCAUUAAGGAAGCUGAACGAUCGGCUGAUUGGUUGAAAUUGCCACCGCCACACAUUCCAACAGUUGAUGAAAAAACCGAUAUGGAAAUGACGCAAAUGGCAAACGACCAUGAAAAAGCAUCGAAAAAAUCCAUUUAUCUCACACGGCCAAUACUAAUGCCUUUAUGUAUCGGACUGUCGUUGCUGGUUUUACAACAAAUAAGUGGCAUUGACUCGAUUAUAUUCUUUACGGUAGAAAUAUUCCGUGAAUCAGGCAGUACCAUAAAUGAGCAUUUGGCAACGAUAUUGGUUGGGUUUGUGCAACUGGUCAGCAACAUUGUUGCAUUGUUUGUGGUCGAUAGGUCAGGUCGAAAGCCACUUCUAAUGAUUUCUGCCGUGAUCAUGUGCAUUUCGAUGUCUGGAAUGGGCACGGCUUUCUAUUUAAAGCAACAAGGUAGUGCGUCGUUCGGCUGGUUGCCAUUGACAAGUUUGAUGAUUUACAUGAUUGGAUUUUCGGUUGGUUUCGGUUGUAUACCAUUCUUAUUGCUUGGCGAACUAUUCCCAGCCGAACAACGUAGUGUAUUGAGUUCAAUCGCUGGAUCCUUUAAUUUAGGUGUUAUGUUCAUCGUUAUUAAAACGUAUCACUAUUUAGAAGCGGUAAUCACAACGGCCGGAACAUUUUACAUGUAUUCAGUGUUUUGUGCGUUGGCUUUAAUUUUCGUGAUUUUCGUUGUACCUGAAACCAAAGGACGUGAUUUAGAUGAUAUUGCUAAGUUAUUUGUUAAAAAUAGGCGCCAAUCGGUGCAAUCGACUGGAGCAAAUAAACAUUCAAAGAUUUCGAUGACGAACGACACAAAUGGCAUAAGCCAUAAGCAGCAAACAAUAAUUUGUACUAAUUGCCAUUUUCCAAUAGCCAUAGACGGUGGCAUCAAUGGUGGCACUGAUUCCGAUAUAACAAAACUCUAAGGCCCGCAUUUAAUAAAAUCAGAGCGUUUUUUCGGUUAUUUGUUGGCAUAUUUUUUUCCGUAUACCAUCUGAGCAAGAAAAUGACAAAUAACUCAAACUCAAAAUUCGAUCGAAAAUGCAUUUUGUUUUCUUUCGAUGAAAUCAUAAUUAUUUCUAAUUAAACCAUGACAACAAAAUACUAAAAAUCUUAAACAAAACAUUUCAAAAAUAGAAUUCAUCAACGAUUAAAAUCAAUUUUCAAUGUGUUCUUUUCACUUUGGGAGCCACUCUACCGUAUGAAAGAGCAUUCGAAAUGAUUGGAAUUACAGGAGAAAGGCACGCAUGUAUGACCAAAUAAUAAUGGGGAAGUCUAUUUCCGAUUCUCACAUUUCAAAUGCUGAAGUUUCGUGCUGAGAAUAGAGAAAAUUCAGUGUACACUGCGGCACAAAAAGAGCUUUAAAACUGCACGAUGACGAACGCAUUGAUUACGUACACAACACUACAUUUAAAUGUCAUCGAAAAUGUUUCCUGUAAAAUCGGUUUACGACAAUUAUAUUGACUAUUUAGAUUCGGUCCAAUUAGAUAAUCACCAACAUGUAACUCAUUGUGAAAGUACACACGAGCAUAUAUUACCAACAUUUAAGUAUUGCGCGAUAUAAGAAUAAAACUCAGAAAAAUACUUAUUUUUAUAGGCAGAGCAUCAUUUACUAACAUAGAGCCAGAACGAACGGAACAAAUGUAAAAUGUACGCAAUUGGCAUAAAUUUAGAAGUUUAACGAGUUAAGAAAAUCGCAAAUAGGGAAAACUCAUCGCCGGAGAUGGUUUUAUUUCAUUUCGGUUCUUCAAAACCGAAACAAAGUAAGCAAUUGAUUGAGUAAGAGAGAGGGGCAGCGAACAAACCAUUUUAAAUGCUAAAAGUUCAUGAACCAUUUUCACAUUGUAACAUUUGUUACAAUUGAGAUGAUAAAAUUGUUGUUCGUUUCGUUUAAAAUUCAAUAAAAACAAAUAUUCAAAAUCAAACUAAAA